AUGACCAACCCUCCCUUACUCAAAACCUCCCCUUCUCUUCCUCCUCCUCUCCCCCAUACCACAAGUCCCUUCCCCAAAACUUCCCAUCCACGUCCCAAAACUACCACUCCUCCUUCCUUUCAGGCCUUCACCCCUCCUCUCUCCAGAACUACUGUUCCUUCUCUUCCCAAAACAACAAUCGCUCCUCUUCCCUCUACCACGCGUCCCUUACCCAAAACCUCCACUCCUCAUCCGCCCAAAACCUCCCCCCAUCCUCUCCCCCACACUGCUCCUCCUCUAUUUGACCGUGAGCCCUUCAUAGUGACCUGGAACAUCCCAAAGCUGGUCUGUAACAGGUACAACAUCUCCCUGGACACCUCCCCCUACAGAGGCGUGGCCACACCUGCCAAGGUGCCAGGUCAGUUCCUGUCUCUGUUCUAUACUGACCGACUGGGGCUCUACCCCCACGUGGACCUGCCUUCCAGGCAGCAGUUCUACGGAGGCAUCCCCCAGAGAGGAAACCUUAGGGCCAGUCUGGCCAAGGCCCGUGCUGACAUCAACUACUACAUCCCUUCCAAGACGGCCCGUGGCCUGGCUGUGAUCGACUGGGAGGACUGGCGCCCCCUGUGGGCCAGGAACUGGGGCUCCAAGUGGAUCUACAGGACCCUAUCAGUGACCCAUGCCCGCCAGAGGGACCGCUCACUCACAGCCCGGCGGGCCACGGCUACAGCCAAGAAGCAGUUCCAGGCAGCAGCCCACAGCUACAUGGCAGAGACUCUGUCCUUGGGUAGCCGCCUCAGGCCCAACUACCAGUGGGGAUUCUACCUGUUCCCCAACUGUUAUAACCAUGGAUGGAUGGAGCCAGGAUACACAGGGAGAUGUUCCAGGGAGGUGAGGGGGCAAAAUGACGAGCUACUCUGGCUGUGGGAGGCUAGUUCUGCACUCUACCCCUCUAUAUACCUGCAGGCGUCUCUAGGGGACAGGCAUAGCGCCGCCCUCUUGGUGAGAAACCGAGUCCAGGAGGCGCUGAGGGUGUCUGCCCUGCCCGCCCGGCCCACCACCGCACCCGUCUACGUGUACACACGACCCGUCUUCAUCGACCAGAACAGACGCUUCCUCAGCCAGGGGGACCUUGUCAGCACCAUCGGGGAGAGUGCUGCUGUGGGGGCCUCAGGAGCCGUGCUGUGGGGGGCCAGUGCCGACUACGAUGACAAGGCGUCCUGUGAGGCUCUUUCCUCGUACCUCACCACCACGCUCAACCCCUACGUCGCCAACGUGACAGCCGCCGCCCAGCUCUGCAGCGACUUCCUGUGCCAGGGGAACGGGCGCUGCGUCCGGAAGCACUAUGAGUCGGACCACUACCUCCACCUGUCCUCAGGGAACUUCCGUAUCCUCCGGGCCAGGGGCACGUACAUGGUCCUGGGGACGCCCAGUCUGGCUGACCUGACUCUCUUCUCCAGAAGGUUCACCUGUCAGUGCUAUGCAGGACGGACAUGUGCCCCCAAGCUGCCCAUACACCUGUCUAAAGCACUGGUGUUUAGACUGAAGCAUCAGGGUCUAUCCGACAAGACUAAGACACUGAAUAAAGUGAUAGCUGAUAUGGAACAAUCAACCAUUAAAGAGAACUUGAACAAACACUGAAACACCGAUGGAUGGAUCAUGAGUGUUGACCUGUGUAACUGGACGGUGUCCUGUGUAACAUACACAAGGUGGCACAAGUCUCUUGUUUGACCUUUAUAAUAAUACAAUAAUAAUAAUCAGAGGUAAGUGACGUCUCAUGCAGAUAAUGGCUUCGGGUGAAAUGUUGACUAAAAGGUUGUUGAUUGAGGAUAAGGACAAACUAUAGUGUGUGCCAUGUACAACCUGGGGGUUUCUGGUCGCUGUUUUCUCUGUGCCUUUAUAAAGUUCACACUGCAGUAAUGAUGAUGCUCCAUACUGAUUUACUUGUCUACUGAUUUCAUUCAGCAGGAAAUAGAUAUGUUGCGACAGGAACAACGAAGAGUUUAUUGCAAGUAGAGAUGGUUAAUCUGUGACAACAUUUCUCCAGUAGUUAUUUGUAUAUCAUUUGAGUGUAUAUGUAAAUAAAAUGCGACUCUCUGUCUCAGUGA